CAUAAGAGACUCAUCCCGCCUCUCUGGCAUACACAGAUCACCACUGGUCACGAGUUACACACACACACACGCUUGCACCACAAACAGAGACCAAAUGAUUCAGUAAAAUAUUGCACAGUGAGUUUAAUAUUUUCGUCAAGAAGGGACUUCACGAACACAAGUGGCUCGGGAUCUCGACGAAGGCCGUCAUCAUGAGUGUUAAACAAGCCUGCAUCUUUCUCAAAGGAGCACCGAGGAGAACAAGAGUUUUGACGCAAGACGAGAUAGAAGAGUUGCGUGAAGCUUUUGUAGAGUUUGACAAAGACAAGGACGGUUUCAUCAGCUGUAAAGACCUGGGCAACCUGAUGAGAACCAUGGGUUACAUGCCCACGGAGAUGGAGCUGAUAGAACUGAGCCAGAACAUCAACAUGAAUCUAGGGGGACGGGUGGACUUUGAGGAUUUUGUGGAACUAAUGACCCCAAAGCUUCUGGCUGAAACUGCCGGGAUGAUUGGGCUGAAGGAACUGAAAGACGCCUUCAGAGAGUUCGAUAUGGAUGGGGACGGCAGCAUCACGUCCGAGGAGCUGAGACACGCCAUGGUGAAGCUACUGGGCGAACAGACCAGCAAGAAUGAAAUUGACGCUGUGGUCAGAGAAGCUGACAACAACGGCGAUGGAACAGUUGACUUUGAGGAGUUUGUGAAAAUGAUGUCGCAGAAAUGAGGUCGACGGACAGCGUGGGAAUGAAGAGGAUCCAUUUUUAUUGAAUUGUUGUUCAUUUUCCUGGGAUUUUAGAGGCGCCUGCUUUAUAUGUGAUCCUGUUCAUUCAUCUUAAAUGAUCAAAGUUUAGCUCUUAUGUUUCAAGUUGAUGAAAAUAGAAUUACUUCGUUUGAGUAAUUUAUAACCAAAUACUCAAAUAUACAAAUUAAUCGUGGGCAGUCGUAAGGAAAGUGGUUAGUGAUUAUAUCUGAUUACUGUAGUACUAGCUGGAGUAUUUAUUAUUGUCCCUAGAUCGUCUAUACUGCAUAUAUAGGCCACGUGUCUUAUUAAACACAACUUAACUAAACAUAGAUAAAUGAAAUACUGUGUAUACCAAGCAGAUUUAUAAUAAUAGAAGUCAUAAUAAGCAGAAAUGUAUUUUUCGGCCAAUCUGUUCGUGUGACAUCUUUUAAUGAAAAUAAUCCCUCUGAUGUUGCUAAAGCUGUUGCGUAAUAAAAGAACAACAUAUAAAAAAAAAAUUGAUACAAUGACUUUGUGAUGAAUAUGUAUAAUAUGAACAAGGUGACGACCGACAGCUGCUGGGGAAAAAAAUGAAAUAUAGCUUGACCACAAGAUAUAAAACGACGUAUUGCUUCAUUAAAUUAAUAAAUUUCUAAGAUUCAACAUAGUAAUAUUAUGUUUGCGCCCUUUAAAUCCUCCACACCUCAUUUUGAGCCAGUGUCGGACAAAUCAUACAUCAUGCGUUAACAUGGAGCACAUACAACUAAACAAUCUCAGGAAUAAUCUGUCUCAUGGGAUGGAUUAGUUCAGCCGGUGUAAUCCUCAUCAUGGGACCCUCAUCUGAGCAGAUGGCAGAUAAGACAAAAAGCGACAGACUAAUUCUCAUCUGCUGACUGAACGCAAAAAAGGGUUAUGGGACCCACAAUGCAUUUCUCCCCUUACUAUGCUGUAGUGCGUUUAA